CGAAUCCACGAAGACUAACACGUCUUUUUAGUCAACGGUGCACGCUUUCGGCAUAUACACCGGUCUCUUGCGAUAUGGAGAGCUGCAGCACGAUGCUGGUCCUUUUAUGUGUCUCUUUGUUGCUUACAGUUUGUCACAGUCAGUCUUCUAGGGAGUUAUCUGCUGAAGAUUUUCCAAAUAAAAAAACACCUUCUUCGGCGGAAAAAGAUCUGGUAGAAACAAUGGAAGAGUUAUUGGGUAAAUUCCAGAGCCGAUUACCAUCAUAUGAGAAAAAAGGAGGAACCAUACCUCUGUGUGAUGUUGGAGACCGCUGUGCUGUGAAGCUGGGCCCAAGAAUCGGAAAACUUUGCAACUGUGCCAGGGGAAGCUCCUGCAAUUCAUUUCUUCUGAAAUGCAUUUAAAUGUCCACCUACCUCCCUAAAUAAAAAUGGCUGAAUUGUACUGCUGAGAUAGAAGCAAGAGAAAGAAAUGUCUUCUUUUAAAAUUAAUUCACAGAACUAAUUUUUCAUCACCUCCAGCUUCACUGUUGUUUCAAUAGAUGCAGUAAUAAAAAUGUAAGUUAGCAUUUAUUAAGUAUUUAUAGUAAAUCAUCUUAAGGAAAUGUGUGACUUGUGAAAAAUGAAUUAUGAAAUCCUGACUCUCUGUUUGAAUAUCUUCCUUUUGUUAGGGAGCUAUAAUGACUGACAAGGUAAUAUGGGGAUUAUUACCUAUUUUAUAUGUAUCAAAAUAAACAUACAUGUUUGAUAUUUAAUUAAAUGAAGCAGAUGACAAAUAAAUACAAUAUGUUCUUCAA